AUGGUCGAUGCACGAUUGAUAACAGUGGUUGGAGCUACUGGUGCUCAAGGAAGUGCUGUUGUACGAGCAUUAGUUGAAACAGGCAAAUAUAAAAUUCGUGGUUUAACACGUGAUUCAUCGAGUGAAAAAGCUCAAAUAUUGAAACGUUUGAGUGAUAAUAUUGACAUGGUUACAUGUGAUAUAACAAAGAGUGAUGAUGUUGAACGUGCAUUUAAAGAUUCAUGGGCUAUAUUUGCUGUGACAGAUCCUUGGACAAAUCCAAAUCAACUCGAACUCGAAAAACAACAAGGUUAUAUCAUGGCUGAUAUUGUAAGUCGAUAUCAUUAUAAAAAAUGUCGAAGUUUAAAAACUAUUUAUGUCGAACUUGCUAUGUAUAUGCAAAAUUGGAGAAAUGCUGGAAAAUUACCUAAAAUAGAUGAUGGAACAGUAAUAUUCGCAGCUCCCAUCGAUGAGAAGGUGCAAUUACAUUUAGUAGAUAUCGAUGAUAUUGGUCCGAUUGUUCGUGAAAUAUUAGCAGAUCCGGAUAAAUUUGUUGGUCAAGAUAUUUGUGUAUGUGGUGAUGAAAUAAGUUUAGAAAAUCUAUCCAAAAUCUUUACUAAAGUAACUGGAAUUCCAGCUAUCUCAAAAACAUUAACCGAAGAAGAAUUUCGAACAAUAACAAAACAGUUACCGAAAACAGCGCAAGAUAAUAUUUUUGGUAUGCAUAAAUGGAUCGAAGAAUAUGGUUAUUAUGGAAAAGAUAAAGAUUGGACAAAUGGACAAAAAUUAACAAAAUUAAAUACAUUUGAACAAUGGUUAAGAAAAACUGGAUGGGAAGGGAAAUAA